AUGACACAGCUUUUCGCAUCCAGUCCCUCGGCCAUGUCUAACGAAAAGCGCGGGAAUUUCCCUGGCCUUACGCUGCCCUCUCGCAAACACUCCAACGAGUCCGGUCAUCUUCCGACAAAGAUUAAGAACUUUUUCCGGAUCAACAGUUCCAGCAGCAACUCUUCAGCGCCGAGCGGCAGCCCGUCUAGCAAUGAACGCGAGAGAGAUAACGCUUCGCCCGCCAAAAACGAAAAGACGUUCCGGCAAUCUCGAUUCCUGCCUACCAUCGGUCGAAACCGAUCAACAACCGUGGCCAGUGAGGGCAACCCUCUCGACGACGGAGUUUCUCCUACAGCGACCGCCAAUCCAUACUUUGCCCACCAGGGUCAACCUGCAUUGCGACAUCGGAACGAUGGGUCUGUUACCGGAGUGUCGGCAGUAGAGCAGGCUACCACCGCCAACAAAGAAGAGCUGGCUCGCAAGUUGCGUCGCGUGGCGUCUGCUCCCAAUGCCCAAGGUCUCUUUGCAAGCGGAGAAAAUCGUCCUCAGCCUAUUGAGAUCAGCAAAGAGGCUCUUGCGGAAUUUCCUGGUUCAAUCUCGGCCAACGAAAAAGAACUCUCCCUGUCCGUGCCCUCUAUCGGUCUGGCCCACAAGCUGGCCAACGAGGAGAGUAGUUUCCGCCGCACUUACAGCUCGAAUUCGAUCAAGAUUCGCAACGUGGAGGUGGGACCGGCUAGUUUCGAUAAAAUUAAGUUGAUUGGCAAAGGUGAUGUCGGAAAGGUAUACUUGGUCCGCGAAAAGAAAUCCAGCCGUCUUUAUGCCAUGAAAGUUUUGAGCAAGAAAGAAAUGAUCAAGCGCAACAAGAUCAAGCGUGCUCUGGCUGAGCAGGAAAUCCUGGCAACAUCGAACCAUCCGUUCAUUGUCACCCUGUACCAUUCGUUCCAGUCUGAGGAUUAUUUGUACCUCUGUAUGGAGUACUGCAGCGGAGGAGAGUUCUUCCGAACUCUUCAAACUCGACCUGGCAAAUGCAUUUCGGAGGACGCUGCCAGGUUUUAUGCUGCUGAGGUGACUGCCGCACUCGAGUACCUCCAUCUGAUGGGUUUCAUUUACCGUGAUCUUAAGCCUGAAAAUAUUCUUUUGCAUCAAUCUGGUCAUAUCAUGCUGUCAGACUUCGAUUUGUCAAAGCAGUCCGGGCCCGGUGGUGCUCCUACUAUGAUCCCUGGGCGGGUUGGUGGCAAUGCCAGUGCUGCUCUUCCUACCAUUGACACCAAAUCCUGCAUUGCUGACUUCCGCACAAAUUCUUUCGUUGGAACCGAGGAGUAUAUCGCUCCCGAGGUCAUCAAGGGCUGCGGACAUACCAGUGCAGUCGACUGGUGGACUCUGGGUAUCUUGAUCUACGAGAUGUUGUAUGGAACCACUCCAUUCAAGGGCAAGAAUCGUAAUGCAACGUUUGCCAGUAUCCUGCGCGAUGAUGCGCAGUUCCCUGAGCACACGGGUGUGCAACCGACAUCAAAUUUGUGCAAGUCCUUGAUCCGGAAACUCUUGAUCAAGGACGAGACGAAGCGUCUCGGUGCCCGUGCCGGUGCCUCGGAUGUCAAGACCCACCCCUUCUUCCGCACGACACAAUGGGCACUCAUCCGUCACAUGACACCACCCAUGAUUCCAAAUCAGGGUCGCGUCGGUACAGACACAGUGAACUUCCGCAACGUCAAGGAAAGUGGCAGUGUCGAUAUCGGUGGUACCAAUCCCGCUAAAAUGAAGGGAGUCCCCAUGGACUCUGGCCUGGCAACCCCCAACGGCGAGUUGAACGAUCCUUUCGAGGAGUUCAACAGUGUCACUCUUCACCACGAGGGAGACCACUAA